GUUACUCGGUACUAACAUUGUCAUUGUGGCUUUUUCACGACCUUAAUUCAUAUUUUAACUAUUUUGUUGAAAAAAAGCGAUUUUUUAGGUUGUUGUGAGGUUUCAGAACCUAAUUGUUGCAAGACUAUACAUUUGUUAGCUAUUGAUUAAAUUUGUAGUAGCAGCAAAACAAAACUCCAAGUUCUGGGUAUAUUUUAAUUUAACAAAAACUCUCCCUCAUACACAAAAAUCACACACACCCACAUAGCUCGGCACAGUUUCUUUUGAUAUGAAACUGGGCUGGGAGAGAAAGAGAUAGAGAGAGAGAGAGAAAGAGCCAUUUAUUUACCGCGAUAUAGUCAAUGAUUAAAUGAGCUUUAAAGAGAAGCAUAUUAACUAUAUUGUUUGUAAUAAUUUUUGAAAUAAAAUCGAUUGAUAAACACAUUUAGACUGAAAUCAGCAAGCAUGAAUGUAAUAAUUCGUUUGCAGAAUUUGCCGUGGUCGGCAAAUGCAUUGGACAUACGAAAAUUCUUCAAAGGUCUAUCGAUUCCUGAUGGCGGUGUUCACAUUGUCGGUGGAGAAAUGGGUGAUGCUUUUAUUGCAUUCAGCACGGAUGAGGACGCCCGACAGGCAAUGAUGCAUGAUCGUGAAGCCAUUAAUGGCGUACAAGUACGACUUUUACUAUCUUCGAGAGCAGAAAUGCAGAAGGUCAUCGAGACAGCGAGGCAACAAUCACUACGCGCUUUGCAAAAUUCGAAUUUAGUCCCUGCCGCGCCAACUGUCAAAGUAAAACAGCCUGCAAUUAGUCAGAAAUCUGGAGCGGUCACACAACCCCAACCACCUGUAAUAACGACAAACAGUUUACAGUGCAUUCUUUCGAGUUCGAUAACGGCGGUGACACCCUCAUUUCUGGCCUAUCAGCAACAAGCUGGUAUUUCCUUAAUAACUCCUUCGACCAGUGGCAAACCACUGGUCGAACAUGAUAGCUCCAUUUCUAGGGAGCGGAAAUCACGUUCGCGCUCACGAUCCCAUUCCAGAGAACGUACUUCCUUUAGACGUCAUCGUGAACGUAGUCGAGAAUCUUCGAAGGAACGUGUGCGCGCUUUGCUUAGUCAGAGUCGUAGUCAAAGUCGAAGUCGAAGUCGCUCCAAUAGCCGAGAAAGGGCUCGUGAUCGUAUAAAUGAUAGAUCUAGAACUUCACAUCGAGCCAACCAACGCACUUCGUUUGACGCCGACACGAAAUCACAGGACGCCAGCAAGGUGUCGUCUUGGGGCUCUCCAAUAAGUGUUUACUCGUCAUCAUCAAUUUAUAAGCCGUUACACACAAUGGACAAUCGCUCCAACAGCAGAAACUCUGAGGACAACAUUCAAGUCGCAGAAGAUAUGACCGAGAAGUCUAAAUCCUCACUGACCUCAAUCAAUAAUUACAGUUUGAGCAGUCUUCUUAGCCGUUCUAAUAAUAAUAAAAGCUUCGCUUUACAAAAUCCUUACACCGCAGCACUCAGCACUGCCUCGAACUCAAACCACCCAAACACUUUAACGACAACUAGUAGUUCCGCAAUUCCGGGAAUUUUCGUGGAGAAGAAAUCGACCGAUAUAGCAGAAUCAACAGAAAACACUUUGUCACAAGAGGCAAUAGUUUUUGCUGAUACAAAUCCCUAUGAGAAAAUGUACCCCAAUCUGUUUGCGCAAGCGGCAACAAUUGGCGCUAUUGGUCAGAAGAAUUUACAAAGUAGGAACAGUCAAUCGUCGCCUGUUUCGCCUAGGGACGACGAUCCAAAUGUGAGGGAGUCCGAUCCGCCGAAAACUCGAUGCAUAAAAAUUAUGAAUAUGUGCCCUGGCACUACGUACAGCGACAUCCGUAAGUUUUGCGUUGGUCUCUAUAUACCUCACAAUGGCAUCAAGAUGGUUAACGACAGCAAUGGCCUUAGGGUCGGAGUGGCCUAUGUACAAUUUUCAAAGUACACGUGCGUAUCACGGGCUCUCUCACGCAACAACCAACUGCUAAGAAAUAGAUCAAUAGCCAUUGAGGCUGUGUCUGAGGAAGAGUUCGAAUCAAUAACGGAUUCGUUUCAUCCCGACAAUCGCGAUAGACCACAUUCUGGGAACCGAGGUGACUAUCAUUCUGAAACAGUUGAUAACUAUGGUGCUUCUUCUAAUCCUUUCAAGCAUCGAACAAACAGUGAGCCUUUUAGCGUCUUGUAUAUAGAAGACAUUCCGACGCUAACCACAGAGCAAGACAUUAUGAAAAUGUUUAGUUCAUACUCCCUAUAUGAUAUUCUUUUGCUUUCGUCACCCGAGAAUCGUAGAGAGUUCGUGGCUCACGUUCGUUUCUCACGAGAAGAGGACGCCAUGUCGGCCUACGAAGAUAGGGCUCACCACCAAAUCGGCUAUCGUCGUCUAAGAGUGCGGCCCGGUUCCUUGGAGGAAAUGGAGAGAGCAAAAGAAAAAAUACGACUGGCAAAUGAGCAGCUAAUGAAAGAAGAGCAGGCCGCAGCAGAAGAAGAAGAAAGGCGCAGAAAGAAGGAAGAGGCCACAAAAAGCAAAUCAAAAGAGAUAAUAAGUCUCGAUUUGACACAAAGUGAUGGCGAAGAGGAUUUUGACGAUGCUGCUAACGAUGUUGAAGAUGCAGACAUGGACGGCCCCGACUUCAUAAGUGAUACCAAUAAGUUGAUCGAAAAUGUUGUGAACAUUCAAGAAGACGAUGCAAAUUACUACGAUAGUAGUAGGUAUGAUACAUAUAAGGACCAUCAGGGUCUCAUACCAAAAGACAACGACGACGAUAGCCACGGUUAUAACAAUGAAAUUCCCAGUCUUUUCGACUUCGAGACUGGCAAGCUCAAACCAGGAGUAAGAAUUAAUGACCCACGUCUUAGAAAAGCCCAAAGAGGAGUUGGCAAUGCCAUUGGCAAAAGUAUGGCUGCAGGCGACAACUUCGUUCAAAAUAUCAAUGAAAACCAACCAGUCAUGCAACCCAUGUCCAAUAACACUGAACAAAACUUUGUCAUUUUGAAGAACUGUGAUUAUAAUACACGUAUAAAUGACGUCGCACAACUUUUGAUAACGGCCAAUUUGGCUCUGAAACACAUUGAGCCUCUUCGCAAUGAACGCCAAUUGCCAACUGGUGAAUUUAUCGUAGAGUUUCGGCGGACACAGGAUGCCGAAAUAGCUGUUAAUCGCUUCCACAACAUUCAAUUCAUGAAUCGCAGCCUAAGAGUUUUUCCAAUUACACCACAAGAAAUAGCAAACCGCCUCUGCAAGCCAUUUUUAGGAUACAUUCCGGGUGGAAAUGGCAUAAAAAUAUCCGAUUUAAAAACACUUGCGGCUGCUAUGAAUGCAGGCAACAACAAUGUAAUGAACAACUCAGCUCAAGAAUGGAAUUCAAGAAAUAAUGCCAACAUUUUUGGACGAAAUAUGGUUAAUACAACUAAUAACAGAUUCGAUGCAAACGAGGCAAACUUUUCCAAUAAUAGCAAUUGCAGCAUGAAUGAGGACAACGACAAUAAUGGUUUACCUGAACGUUUUUCCCGCCCCGGCUGUGUUCUAGAAUUGGAGAAUGUCCCUUACAAAGCCCAACUUCAAGAUAUAUUGAAUUUUUUCCAUGGAUUCGAUUUAACAUCGGAAGAUGUUAUACGUCGCUUCAAUGACAACGGCCAGCCAACCGGUGAUGCUCGCGUUGCAUUCGAUACACCAGAAGCCGCCCGUAAAGCCUUCGAUGCGCGGAAACGCAAACAAAUAUUUAAUCGUACAAUCUAUAUGAAUAUUUUGUAAACCACUUGCAUUAGAUAAAUUCCCAAUACCAUCGUCUCAUCCAUUGUAAAUAUCUUAACGUCUCUUCCAUUGUGUUUCUAGUGACCUUUAUGCCAUUUUAAGGUAUAUUGGUUGCACGAUAAACUAACAACUUCCCUCCCUAGUGUACUGCGGUCGAAUUUCAUCCGUGAAAUUGAAGUUCUCAGCUCAACUAGACAAGCUAAAACAUACAUAACAUAAGAUGGAAGAAGUUAUACUCAUGUAUGAUGGAAGAAGUGAUACUUCAAUUGCACAUGUCUGAAUAUUUUUAUAUACUAAAUUUUAAAAUGUUGUGAAUAAGAUAUUACUCGCGAUAUUCGACCCUAGUACCCUUUAAGUGCGGUAGGCAGUUGAGGUGUGAACUCCAUUCUCAUCGGAAAGGCUUGAGAAAAAAAAUAAGCUAAACCUGAAUUUGCAUUCGUAUAGGCUCUCAAAGAAAUGUGUAUAACUGGCAUUUUCGUAGCCAUCAAUUGAUAAAAUAAUUUGCAUCGAUUCAUCUUUUAAUACAUUUUCAACUGCCUUACGAUACAAUACUAAGACAUUAUUUAUUAUUUUUACGUUAUAUCCAAUAUGCAUAUGUAUGUACAAUUUAAGAAUUCAAUAAUUAAUAAAAUGAUAACCAUUGAAAACGAAA